UCUCGUAACCUGAAGUUGAAGGAGUCCCCCAGUCUGAAAGUGACACCGACAACAUCAAUUUGAAGGAGGGGGAGCACGUGGUUAAGUAAGUCUUAUAAAUCUCCCUCUUCAACCAGCCGCAUGCUGUUGUGCCACUGGCAACACCAGUUCUGUGGACCAAUUUUCAGCAAGAAGGGAUGGAGGAACGCGUCAACGGUCUACCAUUGUAUUAAAAGGAAAUACCGAUUAUCUUUAUACUUCAACGUACUUGCCAUACUUUUGAUUUUUUAAAUGCCGUAUUUUCUCCAUUUAUAUUGACCCAACACAUGCGUUAUUACAACUUUAAUAGGUUAUAUAUCCUCGAGACGACACCUUGCGAGUACCAGGACGGGUAGUUGUUUUUACUGUGGUAUGUUCUUCUGUCAAGAACGGCGAUGCAACUGCUCAGCGAAGCCCACGUUGAUUUUGAGAUAGAGAAAUCAAAGACGGACUUGUGCUGAGCGUGGUACUGGCCACAGUUGGAGAGCUCGCAGCGCUCUGAUGCGGUGGAGGUGUGCGCUAACCCACAGGCUACGUCUGUUCUGUACAACUGGAGAUAGCGAGCUAGCUGGUUGUAGUUUGUUUUGCUUCAAGAUUUUUGUAUUAAACUUUGAUUGUUAUUUAAUGGCCACAAUUCGGUCUUUUUCGUUUGGACAAUUGUAACUUUACGCGCUUUUAUUAUGCGUUUAUUGGGAAGUGAUUGGUAAUAUCAUACAUAGCCUACUGCUGCUGUCUGCUCUCCGCUGCCCAUAUAACGGAUUUUACAGAUUAUUUCACCCUCAUGGUUGUUGAAUGGAUUUCCAGGUACAAUUUGAAAUACUGUGCUGAAACUGGGAUCACAAAACUACCACGUUUCCCAAUAUUUAGGCUACAAGUAGUUACGUGUAUAGGCCUAUAUAUAGUUGUCCCAAAAAAAAUCCUAUAUUUUGGCGUUUUUAAACUUUUUUUUUAUAUAUUCCGUUUCCGUUAUUUAAAUUCCCUUUCCAAGGCCGGUUUAUAUUUUUUUUGUCAAGAUUUCAAGACGCUGCUGUAGUCUACUUUUAGAGUUCACAAUGAACUACUGCGUUUUAAGUCUUCUCCUGACCUUGGAUUUAGCCACUGUGGCCGUCAGUUUGUCUACAUGCAGUACGCUGGACAUGGAUCAGUUUAUGAAAAAGCGCAUAGAAGCCAUCCGGGGACAGAUACUGAGCAAGCUGAAGCUCACGAGCCCCCCGGAGACAUACCCAGAGCCCGAGGAGGUGUCCCGGGAUAUCAUCGCCAUCUAUAACAGCACGAGGGACCUGUUGCAGGAGAAAGCCAACGAACGGGCGGCGACGUGUGAGCGCCAACGAAGCGAGGAGGAGUACUAUGCAAAGGAGGUUCACAAAAUCGACAUGCAACCCCCCUACCCCUCUGAGAAUGUCAUCUCUCCCACGCACUACAACCCGUACUACAGACGGCUCACCUUCGACGUGACCUCCAUGGAGAAGAAUGCCUCUAACCUGGUCAAGGCUGAGCUACGCGUCUUUCGCCUCCAGAACCCCAAGGCCCGCGUGUCUGAACAGAGGAUCGAGCUGUACCAGAUUUUGAGUCACAAGGACUUGGCGUCCCCGACGCAGCGCUACAUCGACAGCAAGGUGGUGCGCACGCGCACGGAGGGGGAGUGGCUGUCUUUUGACGUGACAGAGGCAGUCAGUGAAUGGUUGCUUCACAGAGACAGAAACAGUGGAUUCAAGAUCAGCUUGCACUGUCCGUGCUGCACAUUUGUGCCCUCAAACAACUACAUCAUCCCCAAUAAGAGUGAGGAGCUGGAAACCCGCUUUGCAGGUAUAGAUGACAGCUUCCACCACAGCGGAGACCUGAAGGUGUAUAGGAAGCGGCGCCACAGCGCCCAGGCUCCCCACCUGCUCAUGAUGCUGCUGCCCUCCUACCGCCUGGAGUCCCAGCACAAGAGCCACCGCUCCAAACGAGCCCUGGACGCUGCCUUCUGCUCCAGAAAUGUCCAGGAUAACUGCUGCUUGCGGUCGCUCUACAUCGACUUCAAGAAGGAUCUGGGCUGGAGGUGGAUCCACGAGCCCAAGGGCUACAAUGCUAACUUCUGCGCCGGGGCCUGUCCCUAUCUAUGGAGCGCUGACACACAGCAUUCCAAGGUGCUAGGCCUGUACAACACCAUCAACCCGGAGGCGUCAGCAUCGCCCUGCUGUGUGUCUCAGGAUCUGGAGCCUCUCACCAUCCUCUACUACAUCGGCAAGACCCCCAAGAUAGAGCAGCUCUCCAACAUGAUCGUCAAGUCCUGCAAGUGCAGCUAGGAACUGUUACAAGGCAACACACAUUCAGUCAUACACAUUCAUACACACGUGCAUAUUCAGUCACACACAUACCCACUUGCAUACACACACAUUCAGUCACACACACAUGCAUACACAUAUGCACAUGUGUGUGCACCUAGCCACCCACACGUACACACACACACACACACACACACAUACACACAUUCUUCGACAAACACAUACUGUACAUUCACACAGUCAGUCACACUAUCACUCACCUGCACUAUUGUACAGACAUAUUUGAUCUCCUACAAGCAAGUUGAAAAGGUGCUGAGCAGGUCUAGGUACAGAAAACAUGUCUCCCGAAACAACCAUACACACACACACACACACACACACACACACACAGCUGUGGCUUUUGUACAGGCGUGCCUGUGUUUUUGUGUUUAGAAAGGCCCUGUCAACAUGCCUCACCUCACACACUUGUCACACAAAGACGCAAGAGUAUGGCAAACACUGGAAAAAAGUAUAAGUGUCUAUAUGUGAAAUAAUACGUCUGAGAAACAAAGAUGACCCCCCGUUUUCAACAUUCAAAGCCAUCUCCUUGUUUUUGUUUGUCUCGUUUUGCAUCCUUUUGAAACGAUUGUAAUUUUCUAUUUUGUUUUGAUUUCUGAUAAUUGUAUUGCCUAUUUAAAAUCCAGUGUUUUAUGGUUAGCACCCAACUCGUUUUCAACUCUCUCGAGAAGUGGUGGAUGAAUCCACUUCCCAAUGUCAGUUUACUAAUAUGUUAUAACAUAGUAACGUUAUAAUCACAUCCCAUAUGCUGUUUAUAUGUGCUGUAACAGCCACGUAAGGCAGAAAGAGGCUAGGAGACUUUAAGAGAGAGAGAGAGAGAGAAAGAAAGAAAGAAAAUAGGCACACCUAGUAUGUCUACCUUUUCAACAGAGACUCAUCCUCACACAGGCAUACUCAUAAAAACACACACACACAUCCCAAACCUUGCAGCAGGCAACAUAUUCAGACUGUUGGAACGAACAGUCCUGACAUUUCGAUAACAAAAAAACUAAACUACAAAAGUGUCCCAAAGUAGUGUUGAGUUCUGUUUACCUUGUGCACUGAAUCUUGAAUGCUUUCGGAAGCUCAACAGUGAUAAAAGGUACAGGAAAAUAUGUGAUUCCAUCAACUACACAAGGGAAGUGAUGUCAUCAUGAACACACAUUUAACAGAGAUUUCUGUGGAUAUUUUGGAUUGUUCUGAGUAGAAUUAAAGGUAGAGUUGUCGUUGUCUAUAUGAUGCAGUUGUAUGGGAAUGGGGAGGUAUAGUAGUUAGGGAGCUGUAGUGGUGUUGUAGUGAUUAUUAGAGAGAAGGGAUACAAUUGGUGAGAAUGGACAGUAGAUGUGACCUGGUUCAGAGAUUCUCCAUGGACCUAUGAGACCAUUCCAUUAGGUCUGAGGUUACUUUAGGUCAAAAGGUCAUAUUUACAGGUGUGCAGUAGUUUCUAUGGACACCAGCGUUGUAUCUGCUCAUUCGCAUUCGAAAAGCUUUGUCUCGUCCGCCUCCCUCAAAGUGUAAAGCCAUUAUUCAGUCAUAGGUUUAUGUCAUUUGUAGGAAUAAAAAUUGUUGGAUACAAAGAAUUGCACUGACGCUAUUUUGAUUCUACCUUUUUUUAACCUUUUUUAUUAGUCGUUACUUCCCCCUUAUUAAAUGAGGAGUGUUGAUGAUGUGACUUAGAUCAGGAAGUGUAGGUGACAGUACCCCGCCCCUAACCCCACCCCACUUUGGGCACCCGCGGCAGUGGACUUCCUGGAAAACCAGGAAGAGGAGCGAGGCACCAAUAUUGUCAUGAUAGAGCUUUUAUUUUUCGUUGUUGUUGUUUAUGAUGAUCAUGUUUUUGUUGUUGUUGACCCACUAUGAUGUAUUGUAACACAUUAUUGUUGUGGUACUCUAGUGGUAAAUAAAUUAUUUAAAUUA